CCUCCGUUCCACUCGUCGAAUACCCGUGGUCGCUGUCGUCGUCGUCGUCGUCGUCGUCGUCGUCGUCAUUCGGUGCCGUAACUCGUCCUUAGGUAAGGUCCGAGUCCGUUGCACUCGGGCGGCCAGGUCAGGAAGAGGAGGAACUACCUUCCUUUGAAAUCCCGCAGCAUCCUCGAGGACCGCUUCCUCAGUCUGGCAGUAUGAGAGCUAUCUGCUUGCUCCUGCUCGGCGUCGCCGCCGUGAGUGCCCAGCGUCGUUUAGCCUUGCCCGAUCCGCGAAGCUGCGCGAACCGUGUUCGUCACGCGUCGUACCGGGAUGGCAGGGGAGUCGGUCACUCAUACUUCUUCAGCUGGGAGCAUCAGCCGACCAGAAGUCUCGAGGUUGACUGGCUGGAUGCUCGCAACAUCUGCCGUCGUCACUGCAUGGACGCCGUGUCCCUGGAGACCCCGCAGGAGAACGAAUUCGUCAAGCAGAGACUAGCGAGAGGAAACGUGAGAUACAUCUGGACGUCCGGCCGCAAAUGCAACUUCAACGGCUGCGACCGACCCGAUCUCCAGCCCCAGAACAUCAACGGAUGGUUCUGGUCCGGUUCUGGCGUCAAGAUCGGACCGACGAGCCAGCGUAACUCCGGAGACUGGAGCAACACCGGAGGAUACGGCCAGCCACAGCCGGACAAUCGCGAGGCUGGGCAGGGUAAUGACGAAUCCUGCCUGUCCAUUUUGAACAAUUUCUACAAUGAUGGCAUCAAGUGGCACGACGUAGCGUGUCAUCACGUGAAGCCUUUCGUAUGCGAGGACAGCGAUGAGCUCCUCAACUUCGUCGCGUCCCGAAAUCCAGGGAUCCGUUUGUGAAAGGCGAUCACGGCGGACACUCGGGCAAGCAGACUAUCGUCGUGCCUCGAAGGAAGAAGCGCGAGGAACGGAGACGCAACGGUGUUACACGAGCGGCACCGUGCACUCGUCUCUGUCUCUCUACUCUUUCUCUCUGUCGCACAUUUAUUUAUAAUUACACACUAACCGAUCUAUCUCUUUCUUUUUAACUGACGCGAUUGUAGUGCUACGCGAUUUACCGCAAGCGGAACGAUUGGUAGUUCGAAGUAGGUGGUAAUGCAUUUAGUAUUAUAUACACGUAAUUCUUGUAAUUUUUGUAUCCUUUUCGUACGAGAAUAAAUGCAUUGUCUCAUUUGUA